UGUUUACGUCAAAAUCGUCCUCUGCUUUUACCAAACCAAGUUGUGUGUUGUCUUUUGAAAGUUUUGUUUAUAAAAUUUAAUUAAAUUCUGUUAACAAGAUAAAAAAUAUUUGUAACAAAUGGCAUCAGAUUGGCAAUGUGUCCCAAAAGACUAUGAAAUCAAUAAAAACAUACUCCAAGGGUACUUCACUUAUGAGCAUCCUCUGAAGCAGAUGACGGUAGUGGAAAGUAAAGGAACAAGAAGAUCUGGCAAUGGUAGUUUGUCAAGUAGUCGGACUUCUUCUACUUUGUCCCUUAUCGAUCCAUUGGGAAUGGCAUUAGAUGGAUCAGAUCCAUUAUCACAAUUCGCUCGACAAGAGCAAGAGCUUAUGGAUCCUUUAUCGCAAAUGGCCACAGAUUAUGAAACAUCUUUUAAAAAAACUAAAAAACGAGACAAAGAUCGCCAGAAUGAUGAGGAAGUAAUGAAUUGGAGUGUAAAGCGUUUAGGAAUACUCAAUAAAUUUAUAACUUCCGAGAAGCUUUCUAUAUCGACAAGUUUCCUGGCAGGAGGAGAAUUAAUUAAAGCUCAAACAAUUGUUUCGGAUAAAGUAAAAUAUCGUCUAGAACAGCUUGAUGAUUUUGAAGACGGCUCCAUGCGACACAUGAUGAACCUUACACAACAAGAGUAUAUUCUUCGCAUAGAGCAACUUAACCAGGAAUUAGUUCAAUCUUGGAAUGGUGACCAAAGAGUAAAGGCCUUAAAAAUAGCUAUUCAAUGUGCCAAGAUGUUGUCUGACACCUCGGUACUGCAGUUUUAUCCUAGCCAAUUCGUAUUGAUUACGGAUAUUUUGGAUAUUUUUGGAAAGCUCGUUUUUGAGAGAUUACGGUCAAAAGCAGAUUGUGGAGAACAAGGAAAACGGAUUGUCCCGGAAAAAUUUGCACACGAAACUAUGCGAGAGAAUGCAAAAGAAACCUGCCAGAAUUGGUUCUUUAAAAUUGCGUCAAUUAGAGAGCUUUUACCUCGAAUCUAUGUGGAAAUGGCAAUUCUUAAAUGCUACAGUUUCAUUUCACAAAAUGAGUAUGGGCAAGCACUGAUGAGAAUUACAAGGAUGAUUCGAGGAAUUGGUGAUCCAUUAGUAGCAACUUAUGCUAGAUGUUAUUUGCUGCGCGUUGGUCUUACAGUAUCGGUAGAGAAAAAUUAUAUAAGAGAAAAUUUUAAUGACUUUUUAGCAGUUUAUCAUACAAUUUUCAAUGGUACCGUACGUUCUGAAAUCAAUCGCCAACGAAUUGACAUUACACUUUAUUUGUCGCUCUAUACUCCAGCUUUGGAUUGGAUACUUCAAGCGCUCGUUAAAAAAUCUGAUGAAUAUUGUGAAGAAAUGUUGAAGAAAUGCAAAGAUACCAAAAACAAUGGGCUACUAUUAAUUUCGAUGCUGAAUUCCUUGAAGCCCGAGUUUAUAGCUGCCAAUGCCUUGGAAUUCGUAAAUAUUAUAUCCAACUCAUCAACAGAAGGCAUAUCUAAGGGACAACUGUUUCGUGCAUUAGGAAAUAAUUUAAAUAAAUGCCCUCCAUCAAUAGAACAGAAGGAAGCUGUUUACAAUAAUGCAUUUACAACUAUAAAAACAUUCACUCAACCAUCUGAGUAUAUAACAUGCGUGGAAAUGUGGGCGCAAUUUACUGUAGAACAUUUUUCAAUGAGAGACGUGAACAACUUUCUAGGCGAAAUCAAAAUUAGAAUGAAUCAAAAUAAAGCAUAUGAAAAUCAUUACCCGCAGUUGCAGUCAAUUUUGGAGAAGAUUGUAAGACAUUGUAAGGAAUUUGAACUCUUGUUAACAUUGGAUAAUUUUCUACCUGUAUUGGAUCUUUUUAAAAAAGAAUCAACAAAAAUUGACGUAUGCAAACAAAUAAUGACCACAUAUAAAAACAAUGUAGAGACCACAACUUCGGAUGCAGUUGUUAGUAAUGCGCUUAUGUACAUCUGUAAAGUUUUGAACGAUUCAGUGACAGCUCUUACAGUUGAAGACGAACGCCGUCAAAUUGGUAGCCUUAUAUCAAAUUUUGUCAAAAACGUUAAUUAUGGACGAGACUUUGAACAACAGCUUACAUUCUAUGUUGAAUCACGAGCUGCAUUUCCCAAUCUAGACGCAGUUAUUACAACGCUAGUGCAUUCAGUCAAUAAACUCGCCAUUGAAACACGAAAUGUAAUAAACGGACAACAUACUCGAAAAACAGCAGCGUUUGUAAAGGCAUGUGCUGCAUAUUGUUUCAUUACCAUUCCAAGUAUUGCGUCAGUUGCUACACAAAUGGAUUUGUACCUUCUAAGUGGACAAGUUGCUUUAUUGAAUGUUUGCCUGGGACAAGCUGAUGCAUGUUUUGAAACUGCUCUUCAACUCGUUGCUGAACUGCCACGCACAAUCGAAAUCGAAGGUAAACUUAAAAGCACAGAAGGAUAUUUGGUGUCAUAUUUAUGCAAUAUGUUGUCCACAUUGAUAAUAGUCCCAGAUAGCCCUGAACAAGGAGUCCUGUAUUUGCUUCGACUACUUCUUGAUGUUCUCAAAAAAUUUCCUUUUGACUUGCAUAGUAUUGGACCUGUAACUGUCUAUUUACAUGCAUUGGAUAUGUUAUAUAUUGAGAGUUUAGAUUCAUUUCCGUAUCACAUUCCAAAUGUUGUUUCAAAUGAUGGCCUUUAUGGUGGUGAUCUCAAAUUUAUCACCGAAGUGAAUUGUAUGUGCGCACAAAUUGUUGAACAUAUUCUUAGUCAAUUGAAAUCACUAGGAUUCGCCAAUCAACUUAAAGCUCAAUCAACUUUGGCUUUGGAGCUUCUAUUGCGUAUUAUUCGCUAUGCUGAUGUUUCUAAAGAGAAAAUAUUUGCCCUGGCCGUUAAUCUUUGGAAUCUAGCAAUCAAACAUGAAGGAAAUGCCGAUCAAAAAAUUGUCGCUAUGACACUGAAGUGUGUCGAAGAAGUUAAAACUCUAACCACCAAUGAAGUGCGAUCUCAAAAACUAAACGAACUGCUAAAUCGAAUGAAGACCAAAUAAUUUAUUUAAAUUAUAACUUAUCCGUAAUAUAAUGCAUAAAUACAAAAUAAAGAACACAAUAAUUAUUAAA